AUGAAGACAGCAGUCGCCCUCCUGGCUCUCUCUCUCCUCCAUACCUGCUCUCCUGUUCCCGUCAGACAUUCACCAAACUGGCUUAGACAAUGUCGAGCUUCCACCAGCCUCUCCAUCACGGCACUGGAGGUGCUGCCAGGUGGAGGCUGGGACAACCUCCGGAACAUGGAUAUGGGUCGGGUCAUGAAUCUCAGCUACUUUCAGUGCCAGACCACUGAAGACGGACUCUAUCUCCUCCCAGAUGAAGUGUUUGUCAUCCCCCAAAAGGAGACCGGCGUAGAGACCAACUCAGAGAUCAUCAGCUCCUGGCUGGAGCAGAAAAGCUCCACAUCUCAGGCCAUUAACGCAGACAUGUCCUUCCUAUUUGUGCUGAAUGGAAAAUUUUCUACUGAGAACCAGAAAAUGAAAAUGCACCAGGUCAAAGACUCUGCACAAACAGCCAGAGUGCAGGUUCGUAACUUCAUCUACACAGUCAAGGCUUACCCAGACUUUGCUCUGGACGAACGUUUUGCUCAACAAGCCAAGGAAAUCGCUGAUGCAAUAACAAACAACCAGACGAGGAACGCCGACUAUCUCUCAGAGAAGAUGGUUCUGGAUUACGGAACACACGUUAUUACUAGUGUUGAUGCAGGAGCCGCUUUAGUGGAGGACGACUACCUUCGUUCUUCAUAUAUUACAGAAAGCAAGUCAGACCAGACCACCAUCAAAGCACAAGCUGGUUUAAACUUUUUUGACAAACUAAAGUUUGACAUCAGCAGUCAAAAUACCCCAAAGAGUUUAUCUUCUAACCACACUUAUCAAACCAACCUCCAGUACACUUUUAUCCAAAGUCAUGGAGGCACACCUUUCUAUCCUGGCAUCACUCUGCAGAAGUGGCAGGAAAGUAUCACGAACAACCUGGUUGCUAUCGAUCGGUCUGGAUUCCCCCUUCACUACUUCAUAAACAUCAACACCUUACCUGAUCUACCUCAACCCACAGUUGAGAAAGUGUCUCUCAGAGUCAGUCAGGCCAUAAAGCGAUACUAUGAAGUCAACACCCGCCCUGGCUGCGUAGACGUCAACUCCAAGAACUUCAACUUUCAGGCCAACGUUGACGAUAGUUCCUGCGAUGGUCCUGCCACAAACCUCAGUUUUGGUGGCGUCUAUCAAGUGUGUAUCAAGAUGAGUGCAGAUGCUGAUCCACUAUGUGAUGCUCUGGCCCAGAAAAACCCAGAAACAGGCAACUUCUCUUGCCGUUCAUCUUAUACCCCCACUCUGCUGAGAUCAGAAGUGAGACAGCAAGGUUAUCAGAAGUCUGAGUGUUAUGACCAGGAAUAUACGUGUAAGUUGGUUUUUACCUGUCAUCGUCAGGUGUGUCAGAACAACUACUAUGUUCGCUCUGCCCGAAUCAACACAUACUGGUGCUCUGUCAGUGGAAAGGCCCCAGAGAACUCAGGGCAUCUUUUUGGAGGCAUAUACAGCUCGUCCCUCCUAAAUCCUAUUACCAAUGCUAAAAGCUGCCCCCCAAACUUUAUUCCAGUAAAAUUUCUCUCUGACGGCCAGAUCAUCUGUUUGAGUAAAAACUAUGAAACCGGUACCAGGUAUGCAGUACCCUUUGGAGGCCUCUUCAGCUGCCAGUCCACCAACCCAUUGGCAGGGUCUAAACGUCGCUGCCCUCCCAAGUUCAGUCAGCACCUUGCUACCGUGAGCGACGGCUGUGAAAUCCUUUACUGUGUCCAGUCAGGUCUGUUCACAGGUGGAAAGCUGCAGCCAAUCCGUCUGCCCCCAUUUACUAAACCUCCACUUAUCAGCAUGCAAGCUACCAACACAGUGUUGGUGAUGACUGAGGGAGAGCAGAGCUGGGUCAAAGUUGGACAAACCGAGAUGUGGAAACCGGCCAAUCAAGAUGAAAUCCCAAGAAUUGUAGAAAAGAAUGAUCCAAAAGUGAACCUAAUGUCCAGUGGAGAAAAGGUAGGAGUAGCUUUUGGGGUGAUUGGCUUGGUGGUACUAGUCAUGGUCAUAGUAGCAGCGGUUCUGAUAAUGAGACGAGGCAGAGGUCGAGGCACAGACGAGACAGAAGUACUGGGAUUGGAUUAGACUAAAUAUUAGGAUGUAUUUGUUCCUUUUCUUAUAUACACCUCAAUCUAUAAAUUUUUAAAUCUCUCUCUUAUUUCUUAAUUUGCUUAAAAAAACAAGACAGAAGUGGUUUCAGUUUUUCCCUUCUGAUGCUGAGAACCACAACACAGUGAAGGUAAUGAAAAAUGAAUGUUAUAAAAUGCUAAGUGAUUUAAACUGUAACUGAUUGUCCUUAAUCUUUUUAAUGUUUACACUAUUCCAUUGUUGAAUGUUACCUUUUUCUGCUUCCUUUGCUUUUCAACAUUUUGCACUAAAAAAAAGCAAAAAAAAUGUAUAUUAUGUGUAUAUGCUCAUUCUAUGUUUUGUUUGCUUCUGGUCUUGUAUGUAAAAACACCAUUAUACAACAAAUAUUUUGGUCACAGAACACAAAGGGAUUCUUUCUUGAUUGACCUAAUCUUAGUCAUUACACCCACCGGCAGCUUUUGUCAUAUUAGUUCUUUUUAGGAGGGCAAAGAUAAAAACUAUAAAAGCACAUCACUAACUAUGUAGGUUUCUUUGAAGUAAUUGACGUUCUUUAGAUAAGAAUAAGAAAAAGAAAGCCUUUAAUAGUCCCACAAUGGGGACCUUUCGUCUCACAACAGCAUAAUACAGAAGAAGAAGAAAAAUACAGUAGUAAAAAUAACACAACCCCCAACCACCCAAACACUAUAGUAACAAAACCGGAUCACUGAAACACUGGAAAAGUCGAAGGCUGACGUCUCUAAAAGCGGCUCCUGUCAUAUUAGAUACAUAUAUAUAUAUAUACGACCCAGAGACAGGAAUGUCGAGAAACAGUUUGAUGAAUGAUUAAAUAAACACAAAGGGAAACACAAACUAAGUGCGCUGCACGUGCAGGUUAAACAAGCUACCAACGACAAAUAAGACACAACCAAAACAAGAAAAACCUUAACAUUGGACACAGGAACACGAUGAGCAGAGUAACCACCAGGGAACAGUAGGCAAUGAACCAACAAAGACUGUUCAGAAACUGAGAGCUUAAAUACAAGACAACGUCACAGUGAUUUCUGGCUGUUCAUUUUAGACAUAACAUCUCCAUUUAACAUGAUGUACAAAUGAGAUAAAACUAGAUGAAGCAUUUCCAGAAGAAAAAUGCACAGUAAAUGUUUCCAUGCUGACUGCAUUGAUGACAAAUUGCUGAAAGUACCUGAAAUAUUUAAAACAUAUCUGAAUAUAUUAAAACAGCUAAUCGAGUUUAAGUGCUAUAGGAAUAGUUGUAGAAAGUUGUAGAAACAUUUAAAACAGCACAGACAGUAGCUGCGGAGGAAAUAGUUGAAUUUUAUAUUUAGAAAAGUUGGAGUAUUAGAGAAAGCAUGCAUAGGUUAUUGCUAAACAGUAAAAUAGUCUUAUUAACUAAUCAUAAUAACUUAAUAAUAACCAGUCAGAAGCAGAAAAAGUGCCAUUUGGGCUUAAGAUUGGAUUGGUGCUUUUAAUUUAAAAGUAUAUGGAGGAUGUGUGUAAGUGUGGUGGAAAUUUCCCAUAAAGAGGCAGAUGACAGA